GCGAGCGAGGGAGGAAUAAGAGAGAGGCUCUCAGGUGACGCAGGAGAGGGCCCGGCAGGUUAAAAAAACUGCUCCAUCCGUAGAAGCCCUAGGAUGUGCUGAUGGAUACCGACCGCACAGCUUGGAGGGUUUAGUAAGUGGGCCAGUUGCCAUCGCGACGCAUUGGCAAGAUAUUGCCAGAAAAAGCCAUAAUGGGUCUCCUGACGCAGUUCUCUCUGCUCCUGUGGAAGAACUUCACUCUUCGGAAGAGACAAAAGGUGCGGCUGGUUGUAGAGUUGCUGUGGCCUCUGUUUCUCUUCUUCAUACUGGUGGGGGUGAGGUCUACCAAUAAGCCAAUUUUCAAAGGGCAAUGUCACUACCCAAACAAAGCAAUGCCAUCUGCUGGCGUGCUGCCCUGGCUUCAAGGCAUUAUGUGUAACAUCGAAAACCCCUGUUUGAACCACCCAACGCCAGGGGAGACGCCAGGCCAAGUUAAUAACUUCAACAACUCCAUAAUUGCUGGGAUGUUGAUAGAGCUACAGUCUGUCUUGGCAGACAGAUCUGUUCUCAGUGAGGGUGGAGGUGCUGGCAGAUGA